CCCAACAUCGCAGUAGUGGCUCAGACGUGGUGGAGGAAAGACGUGUCAAUCUCUCUCUCUCACACACACACACCCCCUCCCCCUCCUCUUUUUUUUUUUGAAACCACUCUCUCACUCCCGAAAAAGGACUCCCGCCGAGUCUGAAAAUAAUGCCAGUGGAACCUCUCUUCCCCCCUACAGUGUGUCGCAAGUGAGGAAAGAGGAACACAAUGACCGAUAGGAAUUCUCGCAGGAUCGCUGACCUCGUGAAACUCGCGGGGAACUGCGAGUGUGCUGACUGUGGCUACCAACCUCCAGAAUGGGCGUCCUACAAUAUUGGAGUAUUCCUGUGCACAACCUGUGCUGCGUGGCACAGACGACUAGGGUCACAUAUAUCCAAGGUCAAGUCCCUCACUUUAGACAAAUGGGAUGACGAACAGGUGGAGAUGAUGGAGACAAUCGGGAAUGUAUCAGCCAAAGAAAAAUACGAGCAGCAUGUGCCGGCCUGCUACAGAAUACCCCGUGCCGGAGACCCAUCGGUAUUGCUAGAACAGUGGAUACGUGCCAAAUACGAGCGUCAGGAAUUUAUAGAGGUUGAUAAACAGACAUACGUUAGAAGCUAUCUGGAAGGGACGUUAAUGAAGAGAGCAAGAGAUGAAAAUAAAUAUUUUCCGCGAAAAUUUGUCCUUGCGGAUAAUGCAUUAAAGUAUUUUAGUAAAGAGAAUGCAAAGGAGCCAAAAGCAACCAUAAACCUCUCAGAACUGAAUGUCUGUUUGGCCCCAAAUAAAAUGAACCAAGAAAAUGGUCUUCAGCUAUCCUACAUGUGCGAGGGGUCCACGAGACACAUCUACGUUUACCACGAAAGCGGGGAAACCAUUAUUCACUGGUACACAGCUAUUAGAUCCAUAAAACUAAAUUGGCUGAUGGUGGCCUAUCCUAGUGCCAGUGCUGAAGAGUUGGUGCCAUACUUAACAACAGACUUUGUUAUUGAGGGAUGGCUGUCAAAAACAGGUCCAAGUGAGAGAGAUGCCUACAGAAAAAGGUGGUUUAUCCUGGAUGACCGCAAAUUGAUGUACCACGAAGGGCCAAUGGAUGCCUAUCCUCGAGGAGAAAUCUUCCUGGGCCACAAGGAUGACAACUACAGUAUUAAAGAAGGUGCUCCAAGGGGCUGUAAAGACCAAGAUUUCUCCUUUUCCCUGACCACCCCUGAACGGACCUAUGUUAUGUCAGCGCCGACGUCAGACGAGAGAGCGAGAUGGAUACAGGCAAUAAACACAGUCCUUGAACGAGUGCUUAGACCUCAAGACAACCAGAGUAAGAUGGCCAUUUCAGAGAAUAGGAAGUCUGCACGCAACUCACGGCAUUCGUGGUUGAGCUUCUUGUAGGAAUAGCACCGGCAACUUUGUAACCCAUUCAUAACCCUAGUUUAUUUUAAGUUCAAAGGUUGUAGCAAAGAAAAUGGAAAUGGGUAGUGUAAACACAACACAAGAUUUAUCAAUUGAUUCUAGUAUUCACCGGCUGUAAUGAGAAUACAGAACCAUGGAUCAAAAUGUUUUUACUCUUGUAUGCAUGACGAUCAUUUAUGUUUAUUACUAUUUAUAAAUGUAUACCAGGCAGUCUCAUGGUUGGGCUUGGCAAUACACUUCCACAUGUAUCACCAUGGCAGUAUAUAAAGGGGUUGCACUUUUUCAGAGGUGCUCCCCCCGUUUUACUAUCUGUCAGGAGUUAGUUUUAAAGAAUGAAUUAAUUUUUGCCCACCCCCCUCCUCCUUAGUAUUAAAAAAUGCCUCCUUGAAUUAUACUUUCCCCUUCUAAAGGUCAGAGGUUAUAUUUAAUUUUUCAAAUUCAAUUUAUAUGGCAUAUUACAAUGAUGCACUGCAUCAUCGGAGGCCCAAAUUGGUGGGGAUUUUAUUGCAAGUGAAUGGUUUGAAAUGAGGAAUAACGUCUUGAAGUGUUUUUUUUCUCUUUGAAGUAGAAAGGUAUGCAAGUAUUAAAGCGAACUCUUUCCAUUUCCAUUUUCUUCUGCAACAUGUUUAUACUAACCAGUCUAGUGGUGUAAAAAAAAAAAAAGAUGAGUCCAACUUUUUGAAUUGAUAAUACCUACAAUAAUAAGGGGAAAAGAUUGAAUUUCCAAAGAGAGCUCAAGGAAUGUCCGAAUAUUAAAUGUUUUUGAUUAUUGUAGGUGUUAUCAUUCACUAUGGAUGUGUUUAGCACCCGAAGGCUUAUUAAUCUUAACUGUCGCUGUUGACCUUUUUUUUUGUGUAUUUGGAACUAAAUAGCAUGACUAGUUGUAGUUUAGUGUUGGUGGAGGAAUGAGGAGGAAUUCCUGGAGGGAAACUAAUGUGCAUUAUAUUUGCAUUGCCUUUUGUACAUAUUGCAUGAAAGAGAUGAUAACUUGCUUAUUUUUUAUAUUGUUCUGUAAGUUAAGUCCUUUAGGCAAAGAUGGCAUGAAUACAGCUCAGUAAUAAGUAUUUAAUUGUUUAAUUAUAGUAUUAUGUGCAUGAAAUUUUUUAUUGCUUUUUUGUGGUUUUUGAUAGUUGGUAUAAAUGAAGAAAUAGAUUCAUUUACAAAAUAACAUAAGCAGAUCACAGGCAAGAACAAAAGUAGAUUUGAAAAAGAUUAUAUAUAGAAUAGAAAAUUUAUGGGAAAUAAUUAUCAUCAGAGCUUCUAUAUACAGAAACAUGUAUACACAUAAAUAUACUCACAAGUGUGCAUAUACACAUGAAUGUGAGAACACAUACACUUGUAUGCAUAUGCUCAGACAUGCACACACACAUGUGCACAUAUGUGCGCACA